CGCUCACUCCAUUGUCCGAAGCCAGUGAUCUUCUGCCAUGCAGGUUUUGGUUACAGGGACAAGAUGAAGGAUGUCAACAAACGAUAAUACCCCUCUACAGGCCAAACGUUUCCUUCCUCCUUCCUCCUCUUCCGCCUCGAAGUCACCUGCUUUCGCCUCGACGCGCAGAACCCCUUUCCAGAGCUCGCGCCCGACUCAGCCACUUUCCUCGACACCUUCAUAUGGUACUACUCCACGAUUUCAGAAGCCAAGCAUCGGGAAAGACGAGAUCGAUACCAGUUUUGAGGACGAAGCAGAAUCGCCGACUGUCUCAAAGGGUCAUAUCACUGCCCAAAACAGGGAUCUGAUUGAUAUAGCGGACGAGCCUGAGCCCGGAUCUCCUCUGUUGCAUCGAAAUAGUGCGCUCAGACCCUUUGCAAAGAAGCGCAAGCUUUCUCAUCAUCGACCGAAGACUGUCGAGACCAUCACGAUAUCUUCUUCUCCUGAAUAUGGAGACGAAGACGAAGAUCGAGAUGGAGCGCUUUCACCGGCCUCACAGUCUGACUUGGAGGAUUGUGCCAAUACUGCAACACAAGCGGAACAAUCGGCGAAUGCUGUCCGUUUCAGAGCUCCCGUCCCAGGGAAUGCUCCCACCUCGUUCGCAGCCAGAGCGGUCUUCAAGGUCGAGUCAGAAGAGGGCCAAUCUGCGCAACUAGGAUCCAAAUCUGUGCUACCGGAUAUCUUUUCUCCUUCUCGCCGGAAAGGAAAACGGGAGUACAUUACUGGCGGGAGCGCGGAACUGGUGAGGAGGUGGGUGCUUGGCGUCUCUGCGCAAGACUCUUUAUCUACAGGCUUCCCAGGAAUAAGCAUCACAGUUUCUCAAGUGCGAGUUGAUAGCAGUGGGCGGUUUGGUGUUGUUAUUGAUGAGACUGGAUCGCAAUGGCUUCUUCCAGACCAGCAACGGAAGGCAGGCAUGGGCGGCGACUCUGACUUGAAUGGCCUUCGUCCUGGUUCUCGUGUUCUUCUCAAAGGCCAGGCAACAAAAUGGCCCCUCUAUUCGGUUUCUGCCGAUACAAAGGGUUUGACAGUAGCCGCAUAUUGGGAACCUAUUGCACCCGGGUGAGGAAUUCAGAGCUGUCAGUGCUGUCAUAGAGCAUUCAGCUUUGAAGCUUACACUCGGCAAAGUAACAAGCGGAUGUGAUGCUAUAAACAAUACCUACAGAUACAUGG